AUGCAGUUCAGCCCAGUCCAGUCCAGUCCAGUCCAGUGCAAUCAGGUUUUGUCCAGUCCAGUCCAGUGCAGUCCAGCCCUGUGUAAUCCAGUCCAGUCCAGUCUAAUACAGUACAGUCCAACCCAUUCCAGUCCAGUCCAGUCCAGUCCAGUCCACUGCAGUCCAGUAGAGUCCAGUCCAGUGCAGUUUAGUACCGUCAAGUCCACUCCAGUCCAGUCCUGUCCAAUCAAGUCCAGUCCAGUCCAGUCGAGUGCAGUCCAGUUCAAUCCAGUCCAGUACAGCACUGUCCAGUCCAGCACAGCCCAAUCCAGUCCAGUCCAGUCCAGUCCAUUCCAGUCUAGACCGGUCCAGUCCAGUCCAGUACAGUGCAGUCCAGUCCAAUCCAGUCCAGUGAAGUCCAGUUCACCCCAGUGUAAUCCAUUCCAGUCCAGUCCAAACCAGUCCAGUGCAGUUUAG